AAAUUCUCCCUUGUGGCGCGAAUACACGGAAGUUGAGAUGGUAUCUAGACAGAUGUCAACAUCGAAGAUCUACUGAGUUAAAACUCUUUAUAGAGAGGGAAGCAGACCUGCUACUAGUCAUGUGAUGAUGAUGAACCCGUGGGUGCCCUGAAGACCUGGCUGAAGACCUCCUACUGUGUCACGGUCCCGGAGGACUGGCUGGAGGCUUGUCUAGAAUGGAUUCAAGAAGAAAAUCCAGGAUCCGACGUAAGUCUACAGUCCCUGAAAAACCAGGUGUACGAACAGUGGCUGAUGUCAGACUUACGGGAGUUGAAGAUGGGUUGUCUCCCUUUAGAGUUGCUGGAGGCACGGAAGAUCGAGAUCAGUGGCAUAUUUGCAUUACAAAUUGAUUCAGCAGUGAAUGUAGGGAGUUCCUUCUACUCCCAAGGUCAGAAGAUAAAGGGGACGGAGAACCCCAAUGCACAAGUAUCAGCAGAUGACACCAGACAGCCAGCAUGGGAGCCCAAGCCUACACGCAUGAUAGUUCUCAAACUGACCGAUGGAGUGUCCGAUGUCAAGGGAUGGAGUACAGACCUGUUGCAGCACUCCACACCCUUCAUGACUCCGGGGACGGGCCGAAGAUGCUGGUUAAGGGCAGGGUGCUAUGUCGCCACGGGAUGCUGAUGCUGGGGCCCGAGAAUGUCCAGAUCCUUGGGGGAGAGGUGGACAGUCUGAUGGAGACCCACACCCCCGAGGCUGUGCUGGCUGCAGCGAUGCAGGUUGGGCAGACCAAUGAGGGGAAGAGCGAGAGACAAGAGUUCUCUGGCCGCAUGCUGAGUAAAGGGGAAGACAAGAAAGGCGUGGCCAGCAUGCACCACUCUGGGACAACACCCAGAUCAGCUCCAGGGUUUAAACAGGAGAAUAUCAAGAGAGAAGCAGCACAACACAGUACACAGCGGUACAA